ACUGAAUUCUCUUCUUGGUCAUUUUAGUUACUGGUCUUCUUCAAACUUGGGUUCAAGAUGUCUGGCCGGGGAAAGAAGGCUGCACCCAAACCAAAAUCUGCAGUUUCCCGGUCUUCCAGAGCUGGAACUAGUUUCCCAGUGGGCCGCAUUCACAGGUUGCUCAGGAAAGGCAACUACGCUCAGCGGAUUGGAGUUGGCGCCUCUGUGUACAUGUGUUCUGUCCUGGAGUAUCUCUGUGCUGAACUCCUGGAGCUGGCGGGAAACGCCAGCCGUGACAACAAGAAGUCACGCAUUGCUCCCCGGCACAUCUUGCUGGCAGUGAAAAAUGAUGACGAAAUCAACAAGCUGCUGGCAGGGGUCACAAUCUCAGAUGGUGGUGUGAUCCCAAAUAUCCAGGCAAGCCUCCUGCCGAAGAAGACAAAAACACCAAAGGAUGACAAAUCUGCUAAAGAUGUCCAGUCACAAGAGUUUUAAUUAUAAAUGGUACCACUUUCAGAAAGGGUUUUAAUGAUAAUAAAGUGAGUUUCUAAAUUA